AUGGCCGACCAGACCGGACAGACUGCUGCCCCUGCGCCCGCGGUGCCCGCCGAGCCGUACGAGCCGGAUACGCGCCCCGAUGCGCCAAACGCCUUUAUUCCGCUCGAGGCCAACCCCCCGCUGAUGACGGAGCUUCUACACAACCUCGGCGUCGCCCCUACGCUGGCCGUGCACGACGUGUUUAGCUUGACGGAGCCCGACAUGCUGGCGUUUGUGCCGCGGCCGGCCAUGGCGCUGCUGCUGGUGUUCCCAAUCUCAGAGGCAUACGAGAAGCACCGCGUGGCCGAGGAUGCGGAUCGCGAGGUGUACACGGGCCGCGGCAGCCAAGAGCCGGUCCUGUGGUUCCGGCAGACAAUUCGCAACGCGUGCGGCGUCAUGGGCCUGCUGCACGCGACGGCCAACGGCCCCGCGCGUGAUUUUGUGGGUGCCGGCACGCCGCUGGAUGCGUUGCUGAAGCGUGCGGUCGACCUGGACCCGCCGGCGCGCUCCAAGCUGCUGGAGACCGACAAGGCGCUGGCCAACGCGCACCAUACGGCGGCUUCGGGCGGUGCCACCGCAGCUCCCGAUGCGCGUGACGAUAUCGACCUUCACUACGUCUGUUUUGUCCGUACUGCCGAUGGUACUUUGUGGGAACUCGACGGCCGCCGCAAGGGCCCCAUCUCACGCGGCAAGCUCGGCGCCGACGACGAUGUGCUGUCCGAGAAGGCCCUUGAGUGGGGCCCGCUGGCCUUCUUGGCCCGCGAGUCGGCCGACUUGCGCUUCAGCUGUGUGGCUCUUGGCCCUAGCUUGGAUUAG